AUGCGGCCAUUCAGUGGCAGCCUUGUUAAGAAUGAGACAUUUCCCAGGGACAGGGCAGGGGAUAGAGUCAAAGUGGAGCCCUGGAGGAGGAAGGCUGUGCGAGACAGCAGCCCAGAUCCAGACCAAGAGGCCAAGGCUCGGCGUCAGGCUCAGCUGGAGCAGCGCCAUCUAGAGGCCUACAGGAACAUGCACCGUCUCAGAGACGCUCUCUACUGCCGCUAUGCUGCUCUGCUCAAAGACAAGGUCCACUCACAGAGGUUACUGAUACAGCAGAGAGACGAGACAGCCAGGGCAAAGUCAGACAACGUGACUAAGCAGACACAAAAGAAGUUGGCUUUCUCCAAGCUGCAGCACAAUGACUCAUACCUGAAGUCCCUCCCCAAAACCAGUUACUACCUGAUCUUUGACCUCCAGAAGCAGUUAACUGAGCGUGGACUCCUGAAAACCCACCAUGACUUGGAGGACUUUCAUGGGUACAUCAAGUACAACGGUCAGCCAUCCCAGCUGCAGAGAAGUCUGCAGGAUGUCAAGAAAAAGAUGCUGGAAAGCAGGUCUGCAGCCAAUUUGAGGUAUUGGUACAAGGCAUCAGAAAAACAUCCCUGCACUGCUGAAGAAAGAGGACGCGAGGAUGGUGUUUGUCAUUCCAGGUUAUUAGAGCAAGGGUCUGGUUCAGGGGAGAGUUCGGCAGAGCUGAUCUUCAGUGGCAGCCAGGAGAAGGAUUCAAUUGAGCAAAUGUUUCCCAAGAUGAAAGUCCCCACGUUUGCAACACUACAGCCGAACAUAAUGAGGAACUUCCAAAGCAAGAUGCCCGAUUUGAUAAUUCCUGAGAUUCCUGAGAAGAGCAGGAAAGCAGAGAUCUACUUGAGACGGCUCAGACAAAUGCAUCAUCUUUGCUUAACCAACAUGGCUUUCUCUCAGAGACUGUUGGACAGAGAGACAGACUUGCUGUGCUGGCAGGAGGAGCGAGACGUCCAAGAUUUGGUGCUUCCAAGCAUUAACUCCAAGCAAGGGAAGACAAGUCAAACCAACCAGCCACCUCUCAGCUCCCCGAAACAGCCAACAAGUGUCCAAAAUGACCGACCUUCAUGUCCCCAACAGCUGAGCAGAAUGACCUCGGCCAGCCACCCAUGUUUUGAGACUCUGGUUUUAGAGACAGCAGUGUGCUGCUGUAAAACACCUGAUCCCUUAUCCAUUGAAGAUGUGUGUCAACAAAAGCACAUACGGGUUAUUGACCGUGACUUUAAACUAUGGAGAAACUACACAGAAAACACAGAUCACUGAAGAUGUCACCACCAUAGCACCUCUUUACAAUGAAUGUGUGCAGUGUUUUGUCCAUGCCACAUUGGUUAACUCAUAGUAUAUACUUUUAUACAGUCAUAUGCUUAAAUUACAACAAUACAAUAUUUUAUUAUGGUUUAAUCAUCAUUUGGUUUAAGAUAUAUGUACAAUAAUACAUGUGCAUGUUUCCUGAAAAAAAAAAAGUGAUAAUUUAACAACAUUUAAACUCUAAUAAGAGCUGAUACCUGAUGAUUGUGUGUUCCACAUAGUGACACUUAAAUAGCUGUUAGUUAAUUCUGACUUUGUUACCCUAUGAAGACACAACCCAACUGGUUUCUACUGAAGACAUAAAACCUUAAAAAAAAGGGUAACAAAUUUAUAGUUUCAUUUUUUUAAAAGGGCUCUAACAUUUUCCUUAAAUAGCUGGGCAUUGUAGUUUUUAGCAAACCUUAUACUAACAGAAGUUAAUAGUUUAAUUGUUGAUGACUAUUUUUAGCUGUGGAUUAACAUGUUAGUGAGUAUUUACAGCAGCAGGACAGUGUAUGCUGAUCGACUUGUGUUCAUCUUAAGGAAGCCACAUGUCAGCCAGUGUGUUUGCAAUCAUUUUUGAACAAUGGAGCUGGAAGAUAAAUAAGUUAGUUAAAGCUACAUUAGAGACAAAUCUAAAAUCUAAGCCUUGUGGGACUGAAGACCAACCAUGGCCAUUCAGCCUACAGUGGUUGAGUUUCUGCAGGUGUGGCUUUGAUCUAAGUGUCAAUGUUUACAGGUCGAUGUAAUAAAGUUGGCUCAACUGCUUCAUUCAAAA